UACAUCAUGGCGACCAAACGGAAGGCAUCGGCUUUGAAUGCCUCGGUCGACGAUGAGCCCGUCGACCCGUCCGACGAGCUGGGGUUCUACUGUCUAGGCGGAGGAAAUGAGGUUGGCCGAUCAUGUCACAUUAUUCAGUAUAAGGGGAAAACAGUGAUGCUUGACGCCGGUAUGCAUCCUGCGAAAGAGGGUUUCUCUGCUCUUCCGUUCUUCGACGAAUUCGACUUGAGCACAGUGGAUAUCCUUUUGAUUAGCCAUUUUCACGUUGAUCAUUCUUCCGCUCUCCCUUAUGUCCUCAGCAAGACGAACUUCAAAGGUCGCGUCUUUAUGACGCAUGCGACUAAGGCUAUCUACAAAUGGCUCAUUCAGGACAAUGUACGGGUCAGCAAUACUGCGUCUUCGUCGGAUCAACGCACCACUCUUUAUACCGAACAUGACCAUUUGUCUACACUUCCUCUGAUUGAAACAAUUGAUUUCAAUACAACACACACAAUCAACAGCAUCCGCAUCACUCCUUUCCCUGCCGGUCAUGUCCUUGGUGCCGCUAUGUUCUUGGUUUCAAUAGCUGGCUUGAAUAUCCUCUUUACCGGCGAUUACUCACGUGAAGAAGACCGACACUUAAUUCCGGCUGAAGUACCAAAGGGAAUAAAAAUUGAUGUACUUAUUACGGAGUCGACAUUUGGGAUCUCAUCCAACCCUCCUCGCUUGGAACGUGAAGCGGCACUUAUGAAGUCAAUCACCGGGGUCUUGAAUCGCGGUGGUAGAGUCUUGAUGCCUGUCUUUGCUCUUGGCCGUGCCCAAGAGUUACUGCUUAUUCUUGAUGAGUACUGGGAGAAACACCCUGAACUGCAGAAAAUGCCUAUUUACUACAUUGGAAAUACAGCCCGAAGAUGCAUGGUUGUAUAUCAGACAUAUAUUGGCGCAAUGAAUGACAAUAUCAAACGACUCUUUCGACAGCGUAUGGCGGAGGCGGAAGCUAGCGGUGACAAGAGCGUCAGCGCUGGGCCCUGGGACUUUAGAUUCGUUAGGAGUUUGCGAAGCUUGGAACGUUUCGAUGAUGUAGGGGGCUGUGUGAUGCUGGCUUCCCCGGGUAUGCUACAGACUGGUACAAGCAGGGAACUUCUUGAGCGCUGGGCCCCAAAUGAACGCAACGGUGUUGUUAUGACUGGUUACAGUGUGGAGGGCACAAUGGCCAAGCAGUUACUUAAUGAGCCCGAGCAAAUUCCAGCCGUGAUGUCAAGAGCGGCGACUGGGCUGGCAAGAAGGGGCGGCAAUGAUGAAGAACAGAAAGUUAUGAUUCCAAGGAGAUGCACUGUGGACGAAAUCAGUUUUGCAGCUCAUGUUGAUGGCGUUGAAAAUCGCAACUUCAUUGAAGAAGUUUCUGCACCUGUUGUGAUCCUUGUUCACGGCGAAAAACAUCAGAUGAUGCGACUGAAAUCGAAGCUUCUCAGUCUGAAUGUAGAGAAGACUGUAAAGGUCAAGGUAUAUACACCAGCAAAUUGUGAAGAAGUCCGCAUCCCUUUCAAGAAGGACAAAAUCGCGAAAGUCGUCGGGAAACUAGCCCAAAUUGCGCCUCCUUCGGAGCAAGACGACGGCCACCUCAUGGCCGGUGUUCUCGUUCAAAACGGAUUCAAUUUAUCAUUGAUGGCGCCUGAUGAUCUGCGCGAAUAUGCUGGUCUAACUACGACAACUAUCACUUGCAAGCAACAUAUAACCCUCAGCUCGGCGAGUAUGGACUUGAUCAAAUGGGCCCUCGAGGGUACUUUCGGUGCUAUCGAGGAGAUUGGCCCGAAGACCGACGUCAAGGAGGAGCUUGUGGAGGACGAGAAGGGUUCUAAAGAAGAAUCCAAACUGAAGGAGGAAGCUGCCGACGAAGAAAUUCCUAUUGAAAAUGAACAGGCCUAUCUUGUCAUGGGUUGUGUAGUCAUUCGCUAUUUCCCUCGUACACGCGAGGUCGAGCUUGAGUGGGAAGGAAAUAUGAUGAACGAUGGGGUUGCCGAUGCCGUCAUGGCAGUCCUGCUCACCGUUGAAAGCAGCCCUGCGUCUGUAAAGCAGUCCGCCAAGCAAAAGCACCAUCACCACCACCACCACACCCUUGAACUUCCCAACCCUCAUUCACAGCUCGACCCUGAAGAACGUUUCGCACGCCUUCUCAUGAUGCUUGAGGCACAGUUCGGAUCGGACAUAUCACCCAUUGAACGUCCACGACUACCCACUACUCAACUCACCAACGGGGCAACGAAGAACGAAACUGCUGCGGAGCAGACUCCUAAAGAAGAAGAGGAAGACGACGACGACGACGAAGAAAGGUUAGCUGACCUGGAAGCCGCUGAACUUGCGCGACUUCACGCUCUGGGAAUCCCGGUUCCCGGAAUUGAGAUCAAAGUCGACAAGCAUAUUGCGCGGGUAUGGCUUGAGGAUCUUGAAGUUGAGUGUGCCAAUGCGGUGAUGAGAGACAGGGUUCGAGUUGUCGUCGAACGUGCGGUGGAAACAGUUGCUGGCAUGUGGGCUGAGGGCCCUCCGUCUGCUACUGUAACAAAUGGAGAAACUAAGGAGAAGCUGAAAGAAAUACUUGCUUCCAAUGGUGCUGAGAUUGAUGCGACUGCCUAA